AUGUCCAAGCAAGCCUCUUCGUCCUCUACCACGGCGAACUCUUCGUCCACGUCCACUCCUGCACCCUCAGCUAAUGAUGUCGACAUCGAGAAAUUGCUGAGUCGUGAGGCGAAUGCAUUCCAGCGCGAAAUGGAGGUAGAGCGCAUCCUCAAGGCCUUCAAGCUGAACCCCUAUGAGAUCCUCGACAUCACCGAGGAUGCUACGCCUGAGGACGUCAAAAAGAAAUACCGCCAGCUCUCGCUGUUUAUCCAUCCUGACAAGACCCCCCACGCUCGUGCGCCAGAUGCAUUCGAUCUCCUCAAGAAGGCUGAGUCCGAGCUUUCUGACAAGACCAAGCGCGAGGAACUCGAUGCUAUCAUCAUCCAAGCACGAGCGACGUUACUGAAGUCCCUUUCCCUCCCCACCGGCAUCCCAAACAGUGACCCGCGUCUCAAGGGUCUGACACCGCCAUGGCGCCAGCAGUUCCUUUUAAAAGCCAAGGAACUCCUCAUAGAUGAGGAAGUGCGUAGGAGAAAGGCGGUCAAGAUGAAUCUUGCCAACGAAGGCCUUGAGGCGCGCAAGAAAGAGGAAGAGGUCUCCGCCAAGAAGCGCAAGGCGGAGGAAGACGCGCAUUGGGAAGAAAACAGAGAUCAUCGUGUAGAUAGCUGGCGGUCCUUCGCUAGCACGAGCAAGAAGAAGAAGAAGACCAAAGUUGCCGUGCUCGGCUGA